AUGAAAAAAAUUAGAGAAGUAUAUAAAAUAUUAACGUUAAAAUAUCCUAUCGGGAGUCAAGCCAUACAAACCGGACUAAUAAUGGGCAAUGGGGAUGUCAUAGCACAAUUAUUAGUUGAAAAAAAACCUUUUUCUUUAUUUGAUUUUUUGAGGACUUCACAAUACGUAUUUGUUGGUUCUUUUUUUGUGGGUCCAUCUCUCAGGGUUUGGUAUGGGUUUAUAGAUAAAAUUUUUUCUGAAAAAAAUAAAACUACUGCCGUGAAGAAGAUGUUGGUGGAUCAGUUAUUAUUUGCACCUGUUUUUUUGGCUGCAGUGUUAUCAGUUAUUGGAAUCACUCAAGGAAAUUCUUUAAAAAGCACUUAUGAAAAAGUAUCAAAUGAAUAUUCUGAUAUUUUAAAAACAAAUUAUACAAUUUGGCCGGCUUUUCAGUUGUUUAAUUUUUAUCUAGUUCCUUUACAUUACCAAGUUCUAGCUGUUCAAAUAGUUGCAAUAUUUUGGAAUACUUAUGUGUCAUGGAAAAUUAAUAAAACUGCAUAA